AUGGAGUCCUUACGGCGAGAACAAUUAUAUGCUAAUUUAAAGAAGUGUGAUUUAUGCCUAGAUAGGAUAGUUUUCCUUGGUUUUGUUGUGAGUUCUAGCGGCGUUGAAGUGGACGAGGAAAAGGUUAAAGCUAUUUGUGAAUGGCCAACACCCAAGAACGCAUCCGAGGUGCAAAGCUUCCAUGGCCUAGCGGGAUUCUAUAGGAGAUUUGUACCGAACUUCAACACAAUUGCAGCACCUUUGACCGAGGUGAUCAAGAAGGAGGUUGGCUUCAAAAUUGGUAUUGGUGCAGUGCUUAUGCAAGACAAGCGACCUAUCGCUUAUUUCAGCGAGAAGCUUAAUGGCGCAGCCUUGAAAUACUCGACCUAUGACAAAGAGCUCUAUGGGUUCGUACGAGCUUUGGAGACAUGGCAACAUUACUUGUGGUCUAAGGAAUUCGUAAUCCACACAGAUUACGAGACGCUAAAGCAUCUUAAGGGCCAAGGCAAGCUGAACCGAAGACAUGCUGGGUGGGUGGAGUUUAUCGAGAUGUUUCCAUUUGUGAUACAGUACAAACAAGGUAAAGAUAAUGUCGUAGCAGAUGCACUAUCUCCCAGGGAGAACAAACUUUACAUGCCUAAUUGUUCGCUUCGUGAAUUGCUUGUGCUAGAAUCACAUGGAGGUGCUUUAAUGGGACAUUUUGGUGUUUCUAAGACAUUAGAUAUUUUAAAAGAACAUUUCUUUUGGCCGUGUAUGAAGCGCAAUGUUGAGAGGGUUUGUUCGAAGUAUCUAACAUGUAGGCGAGCUAAAUCUACGGUUAAACCACAUGGUUUACAUAUGCCAUUACCUGUUCGUACUCACCCUUGGACCGAUGUAUCAAUGGAUUUUGUUUUAGGUUGCCGAGCAAAUUUAUUCUUCAGCGAAGUAGUGCGAUUGCAUGGGGUACUUCGUACUAUUGUUAGUGAUAGGGAUGUUAAAUUCCUUAGUCAUUUUUGGCGUGUUUUGUGGGUAACUCGUUGGGAUUUGUUGCCUUUACCUAUUAAUGAGAUUUCUAGUCUAGAUGGGAAGCGUAAGGCUGAGUUAGUGAAGAAAAUCCAUGAAGAAGCACGCGAGCACAUUGUGAAGAGGAAUGAGCAAGUUGCGAACCGAGCUAAUAAGGGGCGAAAGCACCUUACCUUUCAGCAAGGAGAUUGGAUCGACCUUCCAAGUGAGUAUCAAGUUAGUUCGACAUUAAAUGUUUCUGACCUAUCUCCGAUUGAUGUAGAUUCAGAUUCGAGGACGACUCCUUUUCAAGAGGGGGAGGAUGAUACGAUCCAGCCAGUUACGCAAGGUAGUGCCGAGCUGGAUGAAGGAGUUUAUGACUUGGACGAGCUGCAUGUGCAAAGAGGACCGGUUAUGCGAGCUCGGACCAAGCGCAUUGAAGCAGCCAUGCUUAACUUAGUAGAAGACGAGCUCCGAAAGGAAGAAUUUACGAAUUCUAGUUCGAUCACAGCUGAGCUUAAUUGGAGCGAAUUAUCGGGCCAGGUUGUGAAGCAAGCCGAGCUCAAGGACUUGAGCUCGUCUAGUCAUCUAGCCGAGAAGACGUGA